AACACCUGUAUAAUGGAGAUUACUCACUCUUUAAAACUGCGCCUGUCUUUGAAAGUAAUUUUAUACAGGUUAGUAAGAAGGGACAUGUGAGUGACAUCCAUCAUCGAGUUACCAUGGUAACGAUAGGUGUUUCCUCCACCGACCCCACACUUUAUAUCCCAGAUGUUUUACUCAUUGCCCAACCCAGCGACAGACAAAAACAGCUGCAGCUGCAGAUAUUCAACAGAAACCCGCGGGAAACCAUCAGCCCCGAGUCCCGCUUCCACUCUGGCACCUUUACCCCUUUGCAGCUCCUCAGGCUCUUUCCUCUAAAGUUAACAAAAAUUUCAAUCUACGAUGAGAAGAAUCACAGACUGCGGCUCAAGCUGGCAACACAUCAAUCAUUUUACCUCCAACUGAUCGGUGUGGACCCGAGGUUUGAGGAUGAAAUGUUUCAGCACUGGGUAAAGCUGGUGAAACACAUUUCCUCACACAGUGGAGAUGUUGAUACUUUACCACAUGUCUCUUGAAACUGGUUUAAAUCUGCCCCACCCCUCACUAAUUGUACAGCACCGCAAGCAGCCCUGGCCACUUGCUUAUAUUUCACAUAUAUUUAUCCAGAGAACUUCUGUCUGUCCGACUCUGCUGAUGCACCUCAC